AGCCGUCCAACUUUGAAAACUCCUCUGACAACUUGUUCCUACGACAACACACGCCCUCCCCUUUUAUCGCCGACCAUUUACCUUUCACCUUUCAUACCACACCUAAGCAACCAUCCAACGAAUAGGGGAGAACAAUCACCAUUACAAAAUUAUGGCGACUGGAGACACGGCGCCCGCGCCGCUUACCAUUCCACCCCCACCGAUCGAGCCACUUUCCGACGACGAUGGUUCAAGUCCUCUAAGCGACGUCGAAGACAAAGAUGCCGACCCAGACGUCAUGCAUGACCUAAAUAAUGCUACCCCCAAUAAUCGCGACGAGGACAUUAGCUCACCCGACGACCUUUCUGACGCGAAUGACACGGAAGCUGAGACGGAGCGUCUCUACGACACGCCCCGAAACCCUACCCGUCAUAAGGACAUCGUCUUAAGUCGACAGAGUGAUGGUCAAAGCUACGAACGUACCUCGAGCAAAUUGCGACGACACAUUACAAGAUCGGGCGAGGAUAAAGAUGAAGAUGACGCACACCUCUUUGAAGACGAGGUGUCAAUAGCUUCUAGCCCGCCGGCGCAAGAAACAAAGACCCCAAACAAGCACCAAUCACCAAUAUUGGAUAUUCUAGCAGAAGCUGCCAGCCAGGAAGCUGAGAGUAGGAAACGAAAGCGAUCCUCUGUGCCUGCUGAAACUGCUGUGCCUCCACAACUUACACGAAAGCGCACCGGAUCUGUCCCUGCGCCCGGUCGGCAGGAUAUGGAUGGCGACACUCCUAUGAUUGACGAGGAGGACCCGUCGCUCCAUGCGAACAGCGGAGAACACUCGGCCGACGAGACUGUUAACAUUGCGACCGGCGAAGAUGAUGGCGAUGACCACGCGCAAGGAGUUCAAUCUGAUCCGGAGGUCAUACCUAAAAAGCAGACGCGUAGCGGUUCGAAGAAACUCAAAGUCGCGGAACAACCUGCCGAGGCCGAUGAACACGCGGAAGAAGUUGCAGGCGCUGCGACAGCUGAGGAGGAUGGGGCCCAUGCUGGAGAAGACGAGCAGGCCGAAGCUGACGUAGAUGAAGAGGCCGAAGCGGCUCAUAGAAAUGAGGAAGAACUUGAGAGGAAGAAGACCGCCUUUGAUCAAUUAACGGCAAUUGAAAAACGAUUCGCAACAUUCAGAGAUAGGUUAUAUGAAGAGCGACUGGAGGCAUUGAACCGAGAAGAAGCGAUGUUGCGGUCCGAAAAACCGACACACCCUGAAUACCUUGCUAUGAUGGAAUGCAUAGACGCCCGAAGAGACGAAAGAAUCCGCAUAGCAAAUCGGGAAUUAGAGCUUCAAAAAGAAGCUUUGGAUAGAUGGGCUGUUGCUAGGCGCUCACAGAUUCAUUCGCAGUACUUUCAAUCAAUCAGAGAGUCGAGAGAAACGAUCCUAGCUGAGCUCGGCCAGCAGUGGUACGACAUCCAACACGAACGUCGCAAGCAAGCCAACAAUGUCCCCGAGUUUGGUCUUCGAUUCCCUUCAGACCCGACACAACGUAUUAAGAAUGCGCUGGCGUACAACAAAGAAGUAUCGAUCUUGUCUGGUGUAGCUAAACACGAAGGCAUGCCUGCCGCACCAGACAUGAAGGGGGCAAGCAUGCAAGAAUUGGAAGAUGACUUCGAAGCUAUGAAUAGAAAUCGCCAGACGGCGCCCCGGCAUCAUGUCCAUAGGCCCAGUUACGUGGAUUACGGAGGGUUACCAUUUGGCCAGAGUCUGGGUCCUGCAGGAGAGCAGUUUAUUGAGCAGACUCCGUGGGCAAAUCCAAACCAUCCGUCAAACGCUCACCUUCUCCAACGACAACACUCGGGCCAACACGAAGCGCAUACGCAAGGUCCCUUGCCAAAUGCGCCAUCCGGGUCGAAGAAAAAUUCUCAUCAAUCACACCCCUUUUCUAAUGGAUCAACAACACAGCCAUCUAACAGCACCUCAAAGAUUCAGAAGAGUGUGCCGAGGCAGCUUUCCAAUUCACCCGAAGUCACGCGAGCUGCCACUCUAUUGGAGCAGACCAAAGCACGGAGUAUGAGAGCGGCAGAAACAGUCGCAAGACAUGAGAACGGCCAGUCAGCCAACAGCUUAUGAUACAUUUGGACCAAGGGAUCAUUUAAGGGCAUGGCUGAAUAGGCGCAACGUAGGGUAGCUAACUGACGAAGAGAUCGCUAGCUUCACUAUGAGCAGUUGGGUUGAAUAA